AUGGAUGACCUUAUUCGCCGCAAAAACAGAAGCUAUACUAUUGCAUUUAAACUUGAAGUAAUAGGAUAUGCAGAAAACACUUCUAAUCGUCAUGCAUCACGCUUUUAUAAUGUUGAUCGAAAACGGGUUCAAGAGUGGAGAAAAAAAAAAACUGAGUUCGAAAUCAUAAAAAAUAAAGGUCAAGCACGAGUUCUUAAAGGUCGUGGCCGGAAAGCUAUGUAUCCUACAUUAGAAGAAGAAUUAUUAGAUUAUAUCAGAAAAAAACGAGAGGAAAAAAAUGCAGUUACAACAUCUAUGAUCAAAAAAAAAGCCAAAGAAUUAAGCAAAACUUUCAACAUUGAAGAUGCUCAAUUUUCACAUGGUUGGAUUGUACGUUUUAAAAAUCGACACAAUCUAGUAGAACGUACUCGUACACAAAUUGCACAAAAAUUUCCUGAAGAUAUACCUUUAGUUGUUAGAAACUUUCUUAAAAAGACACGUGAAAAGACUAUAAAUAUAGAAAAAAAAUUUAUUAUUUCUUUUGAUGAAACUCCAAUGUGGUUUGACAUGCCUCGAAAUUCAACACUUGAAUUUCAAGGAGAUUUAAUGAUUUCCACAUAUAUUCCACGAGUUAUUCGAGCAAGACCUAAUGGAUUUUUCAAAAAUAAGGGUAUAAUUUUUGUUGAUCGUCAUAAUAGUCAUAUUCGUGACGAUGUAAUCAAAGCACUAAAUAUAGAAGGUUUGGAUGUCUUGGAAAUACCUG